ACCGACGCAAGCUCGGUAAUUCAACCCGAAGCGUGUAGAAGAGGGCCUAUAAUAAUCUCUAAUAGUCUAUAUCAUCGAGGCAUAGUCUGUGCUAACCUCAACGCCUCCUAGUAGACGUACACAGGACUAUAGCCCUCGAUAUCCCAUAAGAUGGCGAGCAAGACGUACAAACUAAAUACGGGCUAUUCAAUCCCAGCUGUUGGCUUGGGCACAUGGCUAUCGAAACCCAAUGAAGUAGCCCUUGCCGUCGAGAGCGCUCUCAAGGCAGGCUACAGACAUAUCGACGCCGCCGCCAUUUACGACAAUGAGGACGAAGUGGGAAGGGGUAUCAAAGCAUCCGGAGUUGACCGUUCCGAAAUAUUCGUUACAUCCAAGCUCUGGAAUACGCAUCACAAGCCCGAAGAUGUAGAGGCUGCCGUGGAUACCACGUUAAAGGAUCUUCAAUUAGAUUACCUUGACCUGUACCUAAUCCACUGGCCUGUCUCGUUCCAGAAGAGCGCGGACGAGAGAGAGCGGUUCCCGAUCAACCCGGAGAAUGAGCAGGUGCACGUAAUCGACGUGCCGAUCGAGAACACCUGGAGAGCCAUGGAAGGCUUAGUUAAAAAAGGCAAAGUUCGGACGAUAGGAGUCAGCAAUUUCACCCAGGAGAGGAUCGAAGAGUUAUGGAAGACGGCAACCAUCAAGCCGGCAGUCAACCAGAUAGAGAUUCAUCCCUACUUUCAGCAACCCACUUUCAUCGAGUGGAUGAAGAAUAAUGACAUCGUGGUAGAAGCAUACAGCCCCUUGGGCAACAACAUCUACGACCUACCGAGAGCCGUUGACGAUCCCAAGGUCCAUGAAGUUGCCUCCCGCCUAGGCAAGCAGCCCGCCCAAGUUAUCAUCAACUGGGUCGUGCAGAAUGGCCUCGUUGUGCUGCCGAAGAGCGUCACCCCCGAGCGGGUCGUUGCGAACUUUGAGACCUUUGUGCUCCCCGACGACGCCGUUGCGGCGAUUAACUCCCUCGACAAGAAUCACCGUUACAACUUCCCGGCAAGAUUGGGGGUAAACAUAUUCGGCGAGAAGACGGAGGAGGAGUUACGCAAGAGUGUGCAGGAUUGGGUGGAAGCACAGCGCAAAUUGAAAGCGUCGGCGCAAAAGCAAUAAAGUCUCGUCACUGAGUUGGAGGCAUGCAUACUCGACAUUAACGGUAUUCCCUAGACUGGAAAACACGCUCGGGAUUUUAUAGAAUAUACGAACGGAUUUUACGAGGGCUCAAAACACAUACAAAAUAAACCUAUUCGGAGGAAGGCGAGUCAUCUGAAAACAUGCCUAACACAGGGAGGUAUAUUCGAUCUGGCCAUUCCUCUAGCUGCCCUCGCGUGCCGUGCAAAGUCCUGUAGGCAAUCACGA